UGCAGUCAGUUGCCGAUGAGCAUUCGAGCUGGAAUGUUGCUGUUCUACACUUGGCCAAUUCUUUGCCUGCUCUGCUUUGGGUUUUCCCCUGGAUUGGCUGUGGUCUGUGAGGCUCAAGGCUGGCGUAGUUUUGAGUGCCGCGAAUUGAGCAGCCUGCAGGAGCUGAUCGAUGUGAAGGCAUUUCCCACCGACAACUGGCAUCGGUUGAGCAUUCGCAAUGAGCAAACUGAACUGGCAAUCGGCACAGCUUUUAGUGCACAGAAUUUAUCCAGCCUGAUGGAAUUGGAUUUAUCGCAUGUACAGCAAUUGCAGCUAAAGAAGAGAGGCUUCUCCAUUCUGCCCCAACUCAAGCAGCUGAAUAUCAGCGGCUGCUCAUUGGAACAACUGCUUGAGACUCACUUUGCCACUGAAUCUGCGCUGCGGUUGCUCGACUCGAGUCACAACGAACUCACUAAUCUGACCAAGGAUGUCUUUGUCCAUUUACCCAAAUUGAUGUUUGCAAAUUUCACGAAUAACUCAUUGCAGCAAAUCGAGUUGCCCCAUCUGCAGCUGCUGCAGCAUUUGGAUCUCAGUCACAAUCAGUUGACUAAUAUCAGUUUCGGCAACUGUCCCCAUUUGGAGCAGCUUAAACUAAAUGACAAUCAGCUGAGUCAGUUAAAUUCAACAACAUUUCAUGGCCUGCAAGGACUGCUUCACUUGCAGCUGGGUGAAAAUCAACUGGUAUCAGUUGAAAAGGACACGUUUCAGUCGCUGAUGCAGCUGCGCACGUUGAACUUGUCGCACAAUCAACUGGAUGCACUGCGUCCCCAAGCCUUUGGAUCAUCGGGCCAGGUGGUGUCGCUGCAACAAUUGGAUUUGUCUGGGAAUAAUAUACGCCUGCUCUUUGAUAAUCAAUUCCGGCGAUUGGGUCGUCUCCAAGUGCUGGACAUCUCCCAGAACAACAUUGCCAGUCUGAGUGCGCCACAUUUUGCGGGUCUGCAGGCGCUCAGGAAGCUUUACCUGCAAUCCAACGAUAUACUCGAGAUUAAGGCGCACACCUUUGCGGGUCUCGAGGAUCUGGACUCACUGGACUUGUCACACAACAGCAUUGAGUCGCUGGACGCGAAGGCUUUUGGCAGCAGCACCUUGUCCAGAAUGAAGAAACUCAAUCUCAAUGGGAAUAAUCUGAAGAGUCUGCAUGCCUUGGCCUUCUCCUCGCUGCCCUUUCUGGACUACCUGUCGCUGGGCAACAAUGAGCUGAGCAGCCUGGAUGUGAGAAUGUUUGCCCCAAUGAGGCAUCUGCAAAAACUGCAUUUGGGAAACAAUGAAUUGAGUGAGAUCAAAUCCGAUGUGCUGGAUAGUUGGAGCAGUGUUAGGGAUCUCCUAAUUGACAACAAUAAGCUGACUUUUCUGCCCGAUCUGAAUGGGACAUUGUUGCAACUGAGGCGCAUGGCCAUCGAGGGUAAUCCCUGGCAGUGCGCCUGCUUCGCUCAGCUGGAACGCUGGCUGCAAUCCAAGAGGAUUACAUAUGUGCGUGGCAACACCGGUUUCUACAGCGGAGAGAAGCCAUUGUGCGUGGUGACUGCUUCGGAUGAUUGUGUGCAAACAUUUCACGAGGAUCGGCACCAGCAAGUUGUCGAUGACUUUGAGGAUCAUCUGAGCGGAACACCAUCCUCAUUGGAGAUUGGUUCAGCUGAAGACUGAGAAGUGUGUGUGAGAUGUGAAAUAAAUAAAGCUUAGCUAAUGAUGAUGAUGAUUCCAUUUGGUAUCUCGCUUCCCUUUAGGAGAUGCCUCGAGGUUAGAAGAGAGCCUCGUGAGAAUUUUAUCCGAUUGGACAUACA